GUGACAGAAAAAAGUUUAAAGUUUCACGUGCGGCAUUGUGAUUUCUUCUGGUUACGUCAUACGUCACGCAACACCCGGAACUGUUAUGGUGGUGGUGUGGAGGAAAUUGCUUAGUGUAAAACUGCAGCCUGUCUGCUUCUUUUCUACAGCUGGUACACAUUGCAUGCCUUGUGAGACAAAACCUCGGUUUGUGGUCCUGUAUGGGUCCCAGAAGGGCCAAGCCCAGUCCAUUGCAGAGGGGAUUGCCGAAGAGGCUGAGGACCACGGGCUGGUUGCUGAGCUCAGCUGCUUAAACCAAGACGAGAAGUACAAUUUGGAGAAAGAGAUCGCCCCUGUUGUCUUUGUUGUCUCUACCACCGGUGAUGGGGAACCACCUGACAAUGCUCUCCAGUUUGUCAAGAGAAUCAAGAAGAUCCGAUCCCCCGACCACUAUAAACACCUUUCUUAUACACUUUUAGCUUUAGGAGACACAAAUUACGCAAAUUUUUGCAAUUGUGGGAAGACGAUUGAGCGUAGUCUACAAGCACUCGGAGCCAGACAGUUCUAUCCAUCUGGAUUUGCUGACGACGGUGUAGGGUUGGAGCUGGUUGUAGACCCGUGGCUUGAAGGACUUUGGAACGCCGUCAAAGAGGUUGCAUCAAAAAUGGCUUCUGAGAGAACUGCUCAGUCUGAAGAGAAUGUGAAAGAUUCAGCAAAAGAAUUUCAGGAUUUAACUGAACCUGAUGUGAAGAUAAGCUUGUUAAGCAUCACUGAUCAGCUGAGCCGGGAGACCGUUACAACUGACUUGCAUCAUCUGCCUUCAGCUCCAUCUACCUCUUCUACAUUAUCUGGCCAAAACUUAAGUUCUUCUUCAAGAAGGACUGAGUUUAUAUCCCAGAAUGAUGCUACGCAGACAACGGAUGAGGGAAUCCCCCAAAUUUCCUCUUCAUCUCCCCUGACGAACUCUGUGCCGCCACUUUCCGAGUCCUCUCUUAAUGUUCCCGUUCUGCCCCCUCCCUUCUUAGAUGUUACACUGGAGGAGGUGGAUGCUCCAGAGCAGAGUUCUGGGCCGCUAAAUAAAGAGACUGUUCAUGAGGUUCCCAUAUCUCGAGCAGUCCUUCUGAGCAGAGGAGAUUCUGUUAAGACAGCUCUCCUACUCGAGCUAGACAUUUCUACUUGCCCAACUUUGACCUACCAGCCAGGGGAUUCUCUGGAUGUUCUCUGCCCCAAUAGAGCUGAAGAGGUGGAUUACAUGCUUUGCAGGUUGGGCCUUAAAGACAAAAGGAACCAUCACGUCCACGUCGCUCUGAAAAAAGACACAAAGAAAAAAGGUGCUCAGGUGCCGCCACACAUCCCCCAAAAUGUUUCCCUCCUGUUCCUGUUCACGUGGUGUCUGGAGAUCAGAAGUGUUCCCAAGAAGGCAUUUUUGCGAGCGUUGGUGGAGCACGUGGUGGACAGUGCGCAGAAGAGGAGGCUGCAGGAACUUUGCAGUAAACAAGGUGCUGCAGACUACAACCAGUAUGUGCGAGAUGCCAGCCUCAGUGUUGUGGAGCUUCUCACAGCCUUCCCGUCCUGCUCCCCUCCUCUCAGCCUCCUGAUAGAGCAUUUGCCAAAACUGCAGCCCAGACCUUAUUCAGCGGCCAGCUCCUGCCUCAGACAUCCAGGAAAGCUGCAUUUUGUCUUCAGCGUGGUGGAGCUCCCAGCGUGUUUUGGGAGGCCUGCGGGGAGGCGAGGCUUGUGCACCGGCUGGCUGUUUGACCUCAUCAAUCCUGGCCUGGUUUUCCCCGGGAAGACCGAAUCCUCCAGCAGCCCGGCUCCACCUAAGAUCCAUGUGAGUUUGAGGCCCAGUUGCUCCUUCCGGCCUCCCUCUGAGCCGUCGGUUCCUUUUAUCAUGGUUGGACCCGGCACCGGAGUCGCUCCUUUCAUCGGCUUCCUACAGCAAAGAGAGCAGGAGAGGAAGAGGAACCCAGAGGCGGUGUUUGGGGAAACCUGGCUGUUCUUUGGUUGUCGCCACAGAAAUAGAGACUACCUGUUCAGAGAAGAACUGGAGGGCUUUGUAGCCAGCGGCACCCUGAGCCACCUCAAAGUGUGUUUCUCCAGAGACGGCGAGGAGGGCGAGGAGGUCGUUGCAUCAGCGGCAAAUCCUAAAUACGUCCAGCACAAUCUGCUGCUUCACAGGCAACAAGUCGCCAACAUCCUGCUCAGACAGAGCGGCUGUUUCUAUGUCUGCGGGGAUGCUAAGAACAUGGCUAAAGAUGUGAAUGAGACCCUGAUGGAGAUUAUUAAAACGGAGCUGCACGUGGACCAGCUGGAGGCCAUGAAGAAACUGGCAGAGCUACGAGAGAAGAAACGUUACCUGCAGGAUAUCUGGGCCUGAUAAAUGACGAGAUGAGGGCACUUUUAUCAUCUCCUGGGUUCUUAUAUUGACCAAAAAGAAAGAGAAGAGAAAAAAAAGGUGUUACAGAGAUGAAAUGACCCACGCUGACCCUUGGAUAUGGGGCUCGCUGCUCCUGCUUUGCCGUUGCUGUUUGAACAGAGCUGACCUUGGCUGGGACAGAAGGGCCGGAGACUGUUCCUGCAGCGUGAAAAGGCUUUUAGUGUCGACAGAACUCCUCCGUUUGUCCUUUCGGAGAAAAAGCCUUUCACAGGUGUCGGCCUUGGUGGAGGGAGUGUGCGCGCUUCAUAGAAACAGAACAUUGAAACACGUUUUUUUAUUGUUAUGUUAGUUUUAAGCAAAAACUCGACAGUUUUAUGUCUUUAAUUAAGUUUUAAAUAUUUCAUAAUUUUAUUAAAGAUUUAAAAGGAGCAAGCAAACAAGGAUGAAAAAUCCCACUUUUUGGGUUAUUACAAAACUUAAAAGAUUUGUCUGAUUUUAAAGUUAUACUUCCUGGUAAUGAACCGUCAACUUUAAAUAAAAGUUUUAUUCCAAUAGACAAUGUUUCUGCUGUUUCUAAGAAAAAAGACUGUCCUGGAUUACAUGAAAUUCAAGUGAUUUUUUUUUUUUAAUUUUUUAUGUAGAGAUGAUCUGAUUCUUCAAGGUGACCUUGGUCAAAAGAUGAAGGCACAUGGCUAAUUGAAAGCUUUUUGCAAUGUGCAGCAUCGCUCCCCGGAGAGAGUCAUCUCAGAAUAAAAUCUUCCAACUGCA